AUGCCAAGUGAACGACCAGCAUCUCCGUUGAUUCUCUCAAUUGACAAUCUUGUUAAUAAAUCAUUAAAUGAAACAACAACAUCAUUAUCGUCCUAUUCAAUAGCAAUUGUACGAUUGAAUUCUCAAUGUGAAAAAUUAAAACAGCAAAUACAAACUUUAACGGGUCAAUUGGCUGAAAGUCAGACAAUGGAAAAACGUGCCAAAGAUGAAUGCGAUAAAUAUUUACAAAUUUAUGCACGCAACAAUGAACGUUUUAUUACGUUCGAACGAAAACAAUUAGCUCAAAUGAAAAAAAUUCUUAGUAUAUUAACGCCAGAACAACACAAAAUAUUAACCGAAAUAUCUUUACCAGCAGAUCCGACACAAACUAAAGGUGCAAGUGAUUUGCCAAAACGACGGGCAUUUACUAGUCCGUCAAUGGCUUUUACGAAUGCCUCAUUAUCACAAUCCGAAUCAUCAUCAUCAUUCCAAACAGCUAGUGAUAGUCAAGCUAAUGAGACAAGUUUAGCAGAAAGAAGCGUUCAAGAAGAUAACGAUAAUGAUGCCAAGUUACUUGCGGCCGGGUUUCACAAAUCCGAAACUGAUUGGGAAGAUUUGCUAUAUCAAAUGAGUUUAUUUAAUAUACGAUACAAAAAAAUUAGUGGUUUUCAUUUGAGUACAAAUGGCGGCGGUUGA